GCCCGCCGCAGCCGCCCCUGGCGGCGCCGCCGGACGGUGACGAGGCCCAGCGGCCACCGGCCGGCACGCUCGCUGGCAGGUGGCGGACGUCGGAGGCGGCCACGGGGGUCCCCAGCGAGGCGCUGUUCUGCCUGGAGGUCCACGGCGGGCACGCUCGCGAGGACCUGCCGGCGGAGGCGAGGCAGCUGUUCUUCUGCUGCGACGUCGGCGAGGCCGCCCUGCCGAGCCUCCGCGUGGGCCGGCACUACCAGCGCGGCUUCUGGCAGCGGGCCGUGCAGCCGUCUCUCUUGGCAAGCAGCAGCUGGGCCGCGGCGCUGGACGUGGACCACUUCGACAUCCGCGCGCUCCGCCGCAGCAACCCCGCCUCCAGCGAGCCGCCCGACUACCGCUUCCGCCUGCGGGUGGUCGGGCCCUCGGGCGUGGUGUUGAACUACAGCGCCCCUUGCGGCAAAGGCGAAGAGCUGGAUCUCGGCCCGAGCGAUACGCUGACGCUGGGGUCGUCCCUGGCGCCGCUGCAGGGCGCCCCGGCUGGCGGCCUUGGCGCCCCGGGCGCGCUGCCCGGCCUGCACUUCACGUUCAUACCCCUCGCGGGGACCCUCGGGGUCGGCUCGCCGCUCGGCGCCGGGCUGGCGUCGCCGCAGCAGCCGAGGAGGAGGCUGCCGGACCUCGCGGGCGAUGAGGGCGCGGGUGACGAGGCCGCGGCGCAGGCGCUGCAGCCCCUACCGGGAGCGGCCCCGCUGCUGGCCGCCUCGCCGCGGCGGGUGGCGGGGUCGCUGCAACCCCCGCCGUUUUGCGAGGCAGAGGCACACGGCCCAAGUCUCCGAGCCCUUCCCUGGCGACGCAGGAGGGCGGCGGCCAGCCGGCACCGGCCGAGGACCGGGUGGCGGUCGACGCGCAGCCGACGGAGCGUCAGCCCCAACCUGUGAGGACGCAGAUGCUGCCGCCCAUCGACCUUCAGGAUCGAAGACGGAAAAGCGGCAUAGAGCACCAGCGUCGGACCUCCGACCGGCUUCCGCCCCUCUGGCGCUGCUGCCGGCUCCGGCGCCGAGCCCCCUGGGGCGGCCGAGGAGGCCGUGCACGGGGCAGGCUUGCCGCCGCGGCCGCUGCCGGGCGGGCAGGGCCAGUUCGCGAGGCCGGGGGCCCCGUGGUUUUCGAACUUCGCGUGCUGACCGCGCUGUUCCCCUCCCCUCAGGGUCUUUGGGAAUGGGUCGAGGGGUGCGGGGGCCCACGCAUCAAGGAGAUCGGCGCGCCAGAUGUUUGUUUUCGGGCAAUUCUUCCCAUUGGUCUGCAGUCGUCCUGGUACUCGCCAGAGGCGUCCCGCCCGUCUCGGGCCUGAGGCGGGUCUUCCUCCCUUCCUUGCUUCUUCCCAUACACAAGGUAUCCCCCGUAAUUGAGCGCGCGCGAGGCCAAGCGCUUGUGCAUGGCCUCAACUUGUGUUCCUGAUGUCCUGCGGGGCCCAGCGCUUGCACAUGGCCUCACCCUGCCUCACUUAUAGUGAUGUUUCACUCCGCCGCCCAUCCUGCGACGGCAAGAGCUGGUGAGGCUCUCGCGUGUGCCCGAAGUAAUUCUAUACGUUCGUCCGCCGCGAUUCCUCGCUACCACUCUCGGCCCUGCGACCCCCACCGCAGCAAAUUACCGCCGCGACUACCACUGCCACCAUCAGUCGCGCGACUAUCAGCUCAGCCGCUGUUGAUGAUUACCACCACGGCUGCC